AUGGCGCCAGUUGCUCUCGACAACUCUCCCAAGUCCUACAAGAUCGCCCAGAUCGGCGGCGACGGCAUCGGCCCCGAAGUCAUCUCGGCGGGUGUCGCCGUCCUCAAGGCUGUUGCAAAGAAGGCCGGAUUUUCCCUCGACUUCACCGAGCUCGACUGGAGCUCGGACCGGUACAAGCGCACGGGCUCCUACGUCCCGAAGGAUUACAUCGAGAUUCUGAAGCAGCACGACGCGAUCUUCUUCGGCGCCGUCGGCGCGCCCGAUGUCCCCGACCACAUCUCCCUCUGGGGCCUGCGACUCGCCAUCUGCCAGCCGCACAUGUACGCGAACGUGCGCCCCACGCGCAUUCUGGCGGGCACGCAGAGCCCGCUGCGCGACUGCGCGCCCGGCGACCUGGACUGGGUCAUCAUCCGCGAGAACGCCGAGGGCGAGUACGCGGGGCACGGCGGGCGCUCGCACCGCGGCCUCCCGCACGAGAUGGGCACCGAGGUCUCAAUUUUCACGCGUGCCGGCAUCGAGCGGAUCGCGCGCUUCGCGUUCGAGACGGCGCGCGCGCGGCCCCGUAAGAUGCUGACGUACGUCACGAAGAGCAAUGCGAUGCGGAAUGGCAUGGUGUUGUGGGACGAGGUGAUUGAGGGUGUGGCGGCCGAGUUCCCGGACGUCACGAUGGACCAUAUGCUCGUCGACGCUAUGACGGUGCGCAUGACGCUGCACCCGCGCUCGUUGGACACGAUCCUCGCUACGAAUCUGCACGCCGACAUCUUGUCCGACCUCGCGGCCGCGCUCGCGGGCAGCAUCGGCAUCGCGCCCACGGCCAACCUCGACCCCACCCGCACCAUGCCGAGCAUGUUUGAGCCGAUCCACGGAAGCGCGUUCGACAUUACCGGCAAGGGCGUGGCGAAUCCCGUCGGCACGUUUUGGAGCGCGGCCGAGAUGCUCCGCUGGCUCGGCGAGGAGCGCGCCGCCGGCAUGCUCAUGCGUGCGACGGAGGCGGCGUGCGCGGACGGCAUCAAGACGGCUGACCUCGGCGGGCAGGCGGGCACGGAAGAGGUGACCCGCGCCGUAAUUGAGCGUCUGUAG